AGCAACAAUGCCAAACAUGUAAAUUAAAUAUGCUUCAGUUUUCAACUGUUGGUUUGGACAAAAUAAGCAAUUUGAGGACCUGACAUUUACACAGUUUCAAUGUUUUAUUCACCAAAUGAUUCAUCAAGAGAACAAUUAGCAGACUGAUAAAGAAAAUUAAAGGUAUCUGCAGGUCUACUCAUAAGUUACUAUACAUGAGAUCAUGCAUUAUUUUUGAAAGCAGACACUUGUCUCAUUUAAAACUCUGUCUAUGAAUAUAAAGAGAACAUCUUGUUUGUUUUGCAAUGCAAAAUUUGAGGGGAGUAACUGCUGCUGUGAUUGUCACUGUUAUGAAGGUAGGAAGCACCUGACGUCAUGGUAGUUUAAUACCCAAAUCCCACGGUUAAUGGUAGGUUGUUUGUAGUUUUUGCCCUCAAACGACAUCAGCGACAUGGGAUGUACAAAGUUUUAAGUAUUAAUGUAAUUACAGGAUUACAUUACUCUACAUAUCGAAGUAUUUUAGGUUACAUAAGACUACACUGUUCCUCCUUUAGGAGAUCAUUACUGUUAUUUGAUAGGUCCCCUAACCCGGAAGUCAAGUGUGUUCUUGUGACAUUUCAAAUUAAAAGCCUAGUACAAACCUUAAUUGAGAUAGAGAAGCCUAAGUCAACAACACCCAGUCUCUGUCAUUAAAGAAGUAACGUUAAUACAUUCUAAUAAAAUAUAUGGGCAAUAUAAUUCACAGCUUCAUUUCUUUCUCAGGCCAAAUACUUAAAGUCGAAACAACCCCAGCUAACUCAGCUGUCAAUGUUGUUGGCUAACGUUAGCUAGCUAACUCGAAGCAAAGAGUUUCGCUUACAGAUACAGAAAUAGCGUAAGAGCUAACCGCCUAAUAACAGCGGCGAAAAUAGCUUCUCAAUCUCUACAAAUUUCGUGACGACCUCGCAGAAGCUUUUGACAUUUCUCAUUUAACUUAUGGCUACUUUUAGCUGAUUGAGACAAGCUAUCUUAGCUAAUGCUACUUCACGGUCUGGCUGGUAUUGGUGCUCGUGCUCGUUUGCGGACUUUAUAACAAGUGAACCGCUUUUAUUUACAGUCCUAACCAUGACUUGUGCAGGACACGAAGACGACCCGUUCCCUGUUGACGACUGUCUGUUUGCGGACACAUUUUCUCAAGAUACCGUGUACACUUUAGUCGGCCAGGAGCUAAGGAUACGACAGGUGUUCGGUGCCAACCUCGGCGUGGCUGCCCCGGUGUGGGAAGCUGCGUUAAACUUGUGUCGUUACUUGGAGGAGCAGUCGGUGGAGUUGAGAGGGAAGCGCAUCAUAGAGCUGGGAGCAGGGACUGGUGUGGUUGGUAUCUUGGCAGCACGCCUCGGUGCAGGCGUGACCCUCACAGAUCUUCCUUUGGCUCUCCCACAACUUCAGGCCAACGUCUCUGCGAACAUGCCAUCAGAUGGUUGGCCUUCUACCCCUCCCGCCGUCCUCCCUCUGUCCUGGGGUGAGGACCACAUGAACUUCCCCUCUGACUGGGAUCUGGUUCUCUGUGCAGAUAUAAUUUACCUCCCAGAGACUUACCCACUGCUAGUGGAUACACUGGCUCAUUUGUGCAUGAACAUAGCAGUGGUGUAUCUCUCCUCCAAAAUGCGAAAAGAGCACGAGACUCCAAGUUUCUAUGAAGUAUUUCUACCCAGCAGAUUUAAUGUGGAGCUUGUGCACCGUGAUGACAAUCAAAACAUUAAUAUCUAUAGGGCAUCCCUGAGGAAAGACCAGUGACAGCAGGGGCAACCUGCUGGGACUUGGAUUAGUUACUGUACUGGGACCAGUCAUGACUCUGGUUUCUUGGGUGCCUUUUUAAAAGAUUUAAACCAAACUAACUAAAAACAGUAAAAACAUCACUGUGCAAAAUGCACAUCUGUCAGUGACAACAGCUCCUUGUUGUUUUCAGAUAAUCUAAUGUUGAUGUCAACCUUCUAUCAAGUGGCUAAUUCAUCACUUAAAAGUACUGAGUUUUAACUGAUUUUGGUUUUUUUUGUUUUUUUUUUACUUUAAGCUGCAAUUUUGUGUCUUAUAAAGCAAUCACAACUUGUUACACUAAUUUAUAUACCCUCAUAAACACAUUAGAGAGCUUGCUCCUAGUGGUUGGUACUUUUAUUUAGAUAUUUAUAUGGCUAUUAUACUGACCAUUUUCAGUCACUUAAAAACCUGUAAUAGCUAUUAAUAUUUACUUGUUACUUGUUACAAAAUAAUCAUAUUUUCUUGUCUUUUUCUUGGGGUUUUGGGCACCCUGUAUCACCUCACACAACAUAUCCAAAAUCAGAAUUUUAAUGGAACUGAUUAAAUAUGGUAGCCUAAAUAUUUUUUCAUUUUCUGUCACCAGCACUAAAUUACAAGUUGUGAGCACACAUUUUUAUAUAGUUUGCAACCAGUCAUCAAAACAUGUACAGGUUCUCUUUGUGGUUUUAUAGAAAUCAGCCUAAGGUUAUGUUAAUGACGUGAAUGUCAGAGUGACUUGGUUCUCAGCCUCUCAUGUCUUGUCAUGACUUGUUGUCACUCCCACAGAGAUCAUCUCCGCCGGUACAGCUUCAGCCUGCGGUGCAGGUUUGCUUGUAAUCACGUGACUGGAAAAUUCAGGUUUUUUAAUUUCUCGGUUUUGAUUCCAUGUCGUCACUGCCAUGCACAGUGGCAAUGACGACAAUCUCAGGCAACUUCUGCCCUGCUUCUCAAAAUUACAUCUCACAUUUCUUUUCCACAUGACUGAUCGCCCCCUCAAUUAAAACACUUGACCAUCUUAAUGAGUUAAUUUAUCAGUACAGAUGACACAACGGCCUCUUUGUGCAUUCUCAGAGAUCCCAGCAAGGAUGUUGAGCAUGUUUCAAAGAGAGUUGAGCUGCAUUACCUUCAGAUUACACUGAAAACAAGUCACAUUGAUCACAGCUGAAAACCAAUUUUCUCAUUAAACUGUUUACUAUAAGUGACUGUGUCCUACAUGAAUACUCCACUUUGUGCUGAAGUUAUAACAGUUUUAUUCAUUUUAUGAGACGUGUGUAUGAGUUUUUGUUUGUGGUCCUCUGAAUAGUUUGAAGUAGGUGGGGCUCUGUUGGAUCCUGCAUGCACCAAUCAGGGUUAAAGCCAUAUUUGGAUUAAAAUCGGAUGACAUCUUUGGGAUCGUUUGCUUUUGUUGCUGUAGGCCACUGCCCAUCAAGUGUGAUCCAGCCACACCCACACUAUCCUGAUGAAGCAGAUUAAUUGAGUUUGAGUGUUAAACUUAAA